AUGGCGGCGCCCGUCGUCCCGGUCGAUCUGACGGUCGUCAAGAAGCUCCUCGGAGGCGGCGGCGACCUGGCGGUCCACGACGCGUCUGGCGGUCUCGCCUUUCGCGUCACGGCGGCGGACGGUUGUGGCAGGAGGUGCGGAGGGAGGGCGCUCCUCGACGCCUCCGGGAGCACUCUGGUCACUGCCAGGACCAGCGAGCCUGAAGAUGAUGCUACAUUUGUAAUGCCCGCCUUAAUAAUUCGUGAUUUAUCCCUUGUUGUGCAUAAUACAUAUGUAAACUAUGUCACUGAGUGGGAGGCUACUAUUUUCCAGGAUCGAAAGGAGGUACAUGUCUUUGUCCCGCCGAGAAGCACAUCUGAGGAGCAAAAACCAAGCUACAUACUCGUAGGAAAUCCAUCUCGAAGAGCAUGCACGAUUAUAAGGGGAAACUCCAUUGUUGCUCAGACAAAUCUCCCGUACAAACUCAAUAAGGCCGUCUAUUCAAGGCGGAAGUUUAGGGUGACGAUUUACCCAGGAAACGAUAACAUUCUGAUCAUGAGUUUUACAUGUUCAUGCCCUAAAUACUUUUCUCGCAUUCAUUGGCAUCAAGGGAUGGAUAGGACAUGGUACUAUGAAACCCAGCAUUAUCUUCUGAUCAAGACAGCAGUUCCUAAUGAAGCAGACGCCUUCAGUAGAAAGGCCUUAAGCCCUUGA